AUGCGUAUCUGCGCCCCCCUGGUGUUGUUUCUACUGGUGGUGAUACUUGUGCUCGUGGGCAUAGAUGAGGUAGCGUCAAAUAGCAAAGGGGGAAAUAAUAACAGGAAUGCGAAGAAUGCCAAGGGGGGAGGUGGAAGUAAGCAAGGCAAAAAUGAAGCGAGUAAAAAGGAUGGUAUGAGUGGAAAGGGCAACCAGAAAGGGAAGAAGAAAGAUCCAGGGGGAGGUGGCACUACUCCCAAGGGACAAAGCAAAGGAUCCGAACAGGGAAAACAAAAAAACAAAAAAGGAGAUGAUAGCCAUUUUGAUGAAUUUAUAAAGGACAUGAAAAACAACCAAGACGAAGAUAAUUUCAUGGAUGAACUGAACAAGUUUGAAAAAAAUUUUCACGAUGAAGAUUUAGAGAAUAGCGAAUAUCUAUUUGAUCAAUAUGGAAAGGGAGGAGCACAUGAUGAAGAGUUCAACAAUAUUGACGAGUGGAAUAGUGGAAGUUACAACAGCAUGAAACCUGAUGCGAAUGAUUACCAAUACUUUGAUAACGAUGAUGUUGUUGAGGGGGAUGAAGACUUGACAAAUAUAUGGAACAAAAAUAUGCAAAAUUUUGAGCCAUCUACUAUGUUAACAUUUGAAAUCCAAGGAAAUUCAGAGGAAUAUCUUUUUGAGGAAGUAAGCAAUUUUAACACUUAUUUUCGAGGUGUGUUUUACUCCAGCAAUGAAGCAGAUGAUAAUAAAAUUUUGUUUUUUAUCACUGAUCCGGAUGGACAAAUAAUUUACAAGAAGGAAGCGAGUGAAGGGAUUUUUUACUUUUACACACAGAAAAUUGGGGUCUAUUCCAUCACUUUGAAAAAUAGUAAAUGGAUGGGAAAAAAACUCACAACGGUUGCCCUUGGGUUGGGAGAAAACCCCUCGUUAAAAUCGGAACACAUAAAAGACUUCACCAAUUAUAUCGACAAAAUUGUUGCUGAAACGAAAAGGUUAAAGAACGAAUUGAAGUAUUUAUCUUCCAAACACAUGACGCAUAUUGAGAAAAUGAAAAAAAUCACCAACAAGGCCUUUCUCUACUGCUUCAUCAAAUUGUUUGUGCUCAUCUUUUUGUCCCUCUUCACCAUUUACUACAUCAAGAAUUUGGUCUCCAACAAGCGC